GCAGUCGAGGAGGGGCUCCGCUCGAGACGCAGCCUUUUUAGAAAGCUGUGAUCAAACUCGGGCUACGCGAGAUCGGGAAUGAAAUAAAAAGGAUAGUCUGCUGAUAUUUUUGAAUUUUAACAUUUUUGCAUACGCACAUCCUUGAAAAUGCAAGGUUUUCUUUUAAUCUGAUCAUGUUAAGCGGACACAAUGACAUAAGGAUAAAUAGAUUGGUACUGGAAAUAUUUACAAUAUUUCAUACAGGAAAAUUACUAUGUCAAGGUUUUAAAUUACAUUAAAUUACUUUUUCAGUAUUUUAUGGUACAUAUUUUAAACUGUUGAUAAUAUAUAUUUUAAGAAUAAAACCGAAUCUGUCGUCUUCUAACCAGCUCAUCUGAAAAUGUAAAAAUAUGCAAGGGUCAGCUGUUUCCCCAUCUCCCAACAUGAGCUCGCUGGACUGGAAGAAGGGGCAAGAUGGUUCAGCCUUGCGGGACAUGAACAAUUACACGUUCUCCUCAUACUACCAGCACUCUCUCCCUGUUGCAGUCAUAUUCAUCUUUGCCUACAUCUUGCUUUUCUUUUUGUGCAUGAUUGGUAACUUAGUAGUUUGUUUCAUUCUAUUAAAGAACAAACAGAUGAGGACUGUCACUAACAUUUUCAUUCUAAAUCUGGCAGUAAGUGACCUCCUUGUUGGCAUAUUUUGCUUGCCCAUUACCCUUAUGGACAAUUUAAUAACAGGAUGGCCGUUUGAUAUUUUUAUCUGCAAGAUGAGUGGCCUAAUACAAGGAGCAUCUGUGUCCGCAUCUGUCUUCACCCUUGUCGCCAUCGCAGUGGAAAGGUUCCGAUGCAUCGUCUACCCAUUUCAACAGAAGCUCACCCAGAAACAAGCCUCUGUCACCAUCGUGCUCAUCUGGAUCCUGGCUGUAACCAUCAUGUGUCCAUCUGCAGUGAUACUGACCGUCUCCCGGGAUGAGACCCAUUUCAUGGUGGACAGUCAGAACAACACCUAUCCGCUCUACACCUGCUGGGAGGCGUGGCCUGAGAAGGAAAUGCGAAAGAUCUACACCACAGUGCUCUUCUCCCACAUCUAUCUCGCGCCGGUCACCCUCAUCAUCAUCACGUACGCCUGCAUCGCCCUCAAGCUCUUCAGGUCCGCCGCCUCCGUCGGGGACGUCCACGCCGACGACGACAGACACAGGGUCUCCCGGAAGAAGAUCAGGGUCAUCAACAUGCUGAUCUUUCUGGCGCUGCUGUUCACGGUCACCUGGCUGCCCCUGUGGACCCUGAUGCUCCUGACGGACUACAGCACCCUGACCGCCAGCCAGCUCAACCUGGUGACCGUCUACAUCUUCCCUUUCGCCCACUGGCUGGCCUUCUUCAACAGCAGCGUCAACCCCUUCAUCUUCGGCUACUUCAACGAGAACUUCAGGCGCGGGUUCCAGGCGGCCUUCAGGUUCCAGCUCUGCUUCCUGAAGAUGCGGAGCCAUCGCAGAGCGUCAAAGAGAAGGGCUGGUACCUGGACACACAACCGCGUUUCUGUGGAGGCCCAGCCCCACAAUUCUGCCUGUCAUGAAAACAGGAAGUGGAAAGGUCUACAGGGUGGAAAAAAACGAAAUGAGCUUGUGCUGGAAGACCUCGAUUAGAGAACCUAAUUAAUUCUCUAUCCAGCCUCUGGCAAGGUUUCAAUGUAGAGAAAAUGAGAGAAUUGUAAUUCAGAACAAAACUUGUAUUAUUUUGAGUGAAAUGAAUUAAGUUGUACAUAAUGUUUUGCCAUUCUGAUCAAAACUAAUGUUUGCCGCACAGGCUAAUAAUAUUUUCAAAACCCUAGGAGUGAUUUCUGUUUUAAUUCACUCCUGCUGAGUAAGCUAGCUCAUGACACCUCAUUUUCAACUUUUUCGGUGCUUUCUCUUUGAAUCUCGCAAAUAUUAUUACUGUAAAUAUCAAAAAUAUUCUUCAUCAUAUACAAAUCCAUGCACUGAAAAAUAUCAAAAACCCCAGAAAGUGAGCCACCCCUUUAAGGGAAAAUUCAUCCAUAAGUGUAUCUGCAGAUCAUAACACCCAGAGUAGAUGCAUGUACUGCCCUGAUUCACUUCACAAGUUCAACCAAUUACUCAGUGAUGUUGCAGAGAAGAACUCUACGCUGGUUUAAUAUGGAAUGCUGGAAUUGCUGUUCAUGCUUGGUAUGAACCGUCAUUGUCUUUCAAUCAACUUCAAUCAUCAUAAACAUGAAUAACUAUA